AUGACCUUCUCUAUUCUUCUUUCAACAAUCUUUAUUUUUAGUUUCUUCUUUCUUGUAAGAUGGCUUGAACCUAGCACGAAAAACCUCCCACCUUCACCACCAAAACUACCCCUAAUCGGAAACCUUCAUCAACUUGGUCACCUUCCUUAUCGAUCACUUAAAACAUUAGCUGAAAAGUAUGGUCCAAUAAUGCUCCUGCACUUAGGCAGCAAACCCACGCUCAUCAUUUCGUCUCCUGAAAUGGCGGAAUCCGUACUCAAAACACAUGAUCUCAAUUUUUCAAGCCGGCCCGAACCGAAUUUUGUUCGAAAAAUCACGUAUAACUAUCAGGACAUCCUUUUCGCGCCGUAUGGAGAAUAUUGGAGGCAAGCGAGAAGCAUAUGUGUUCAUCAACUUCUAAGCAACAAGCGAGUCCAAUCAUUCAGAAGCAUACGUGAAGAAGAGGUCGCGUCGGUGCUGGAAAAUAUAACAGAAUCUUGCUCGUCGCGUUCUCCGGUAAACGUGACCGACAUAUUGACUAUGCUCACUUACAACAUAAUGUCUCGGGUAGCCAUCGGCCGGAGACUCUCCGGGAAUAAAGUUGGGAAUAAGUUUAAGAAAUUAUCCGACGAAUUUUUAGAGAUUAUCGGAUGUUUUGAUGUUUCCGAUUACAUCCCGUGGCUUUGGUGGAUUAAUAAGCUUAAUGGUUUGGAGGGAAAAGUGGAUAGGGUUGCAAAAGAGUUCGAUGAAUAUAUCGAAACUAUUAUUGAACAAGCAGAGAAGAAAAGGGAGGAAAACUUUAUCAAUGAUGAUCAUCAACAAAGGAUGCAUAAUUUCAUUGAUGUUUUGCUGGACUUCCAGGAGAAAAAUGAUACUGGAUUUGUUCUUCAACGUGAUGCAAUCAAAGCAAUCAUUAUUGAUAUGUUUGUUGGUGGUACUGACACUACAACUACUUUGCUGGAAUGGGUGAUUUCCGAGCUAGUGAAAAACCAAAACUCCAUGAAGAAACUAAAAAAUGAGGUGCGAAGAUUUGCAAAUGAGAAAGGGAAUCACAUAACAGAAGAUGUUUUAGACCAACUCCCUUAUUUAAAAGCAGUUAUUAAAGAGACUUUGCGGUUGCAUCCUCCAGUUCCAUUGUUAGCUCCUCAUGAAUCGAGAAAUGCCAUCAACAUCAUGGGGUAUGAUAUUUCCGCUGGCACACAAGUGAUUGUCAAUGCUUACGCGAUUGGAAGAGACCCUUCAGUGUGGGAAAAUGCGGAUGAAUUUCAGCCUGAAAAAUUCUUGAACAACUCUAUUGAUGUUAAAAGGCAGCACUUUGAGACUAUUCCAUUUGGAUCUGGAAGGAGAAGUUGUCCUGGAUAUGGAUUCGCCAUGGUUACCACUGAAGUCGCGCUCGCGAAUUUAAUUCUGAAAUUCGAUUUCACAUUGCCCGGUGGAGCAAGGCCAGAGGAUCUAGAUAUGAGCGAGGUUGCCAGUAUUAUAACUAAACGGAAAACCCCUCUAAUUCUUGUGGGGAGCUUAGCUAAUUAA